AUCUCUGAUCAUAGAAUGCAGCGAAUGAAUAAGCUUAUACUCCUUUGGUUUGUUCUCUGCUGGAACGAGUGCCUGGCUAUUGACUUUUGUAACAUGACUGAGUGCAAUGGAUUGCGUCAUUUGGGCUGUGAAAACGAUUUGACCUUCCAUGAGAACUGCCUACGCACCCGCAUCCUGCUCAACAUGCAAAUCUACAGGGAAUAUCUGCUCAAGAUGCACAAUAAGUACCGCGAAGAAGUGGCAUCUGGAGUCAUCAAUGGGCUGCCCGAGGCUAGCCACAUGCCGGAGCUGAUUUGGCAUUUUAAGCUGGCUCUGAUUGCCGAGUACCAUGUCAAGCGUUGCGAGCAGGACCUCAACUACUGCUUAGCCGUUUCUACGUUCACUGAUCCCGCGCUGAACUAUGGCAUGAAUUGGCUGGAUAUUCAGUCGAUCCCCAACUACUCACGCUCGACGAACUCCGAGAAGCUGACUGUCCAGACGGAAAUAUGGAUGCACCAGGUCUACAAGCUGGCACUAAGACAAUACGAAGUGGGAGAAGUCUCGGAAAUCAAGAACAUCGUGAACGACCACAACAAAUACGUGGGCUGUGCGGCCGCCGAGGACUUCAACCGGAAGGCCAGUCGGUUCGUGCUCGUCUGUUAUUACAAUAGCCAAAUCGACCCAACGUCACACCUUUAUACGGCGGGAACAUUUUCGGCGGAUCACUGUGCCGAGGGCGUCAGCGAAGACUAUCCACACCUGUGCAAGACGUUGCCAGAUGAAUUCGACUGACAUACACAGAGCCAGCUCAGCUAAGCAACGUACUAUUUCAGGCCGAGAUAGCUGCAGCACCACUGCUGGCUGUCUAAUUAAAUGGGACACGUACUUGAGAAAUAAACAAAUUUAUGCCAUAAUAUUUUGUACGAAAAAUGUGUUAGGUAAAAUGUGGAAAAUAACAAACUGACAAAGUUAGUCGGA